AUGGUCAUCAAUAAUCAAAAUAAUAAUAACCAAAAUAAUAAUCAAAAUAAUAACAAUAAAAAUGAUAAUUUAAAUAAUUCGACAACAACGACAACGACAACGGCAACAACAACAAAAUCAUCAACAUUAUUUCAUAGUAAUGACUUUUUUUCAGGAUUAAUAGCAGGUAUAGUAUCAAGAACAUUAACAGCACCAUUAGAAAGAAUAAAGAUAUUGAAUCAAGUUGAAGUGAUAUUAAAGGAUGGAACUAAAUAUAAUAGGAUAAUACCAGCAUUCAAAGUGAUAAUUAAAGAGGAAGGUAUAGCUGGAUUAUUUAGAGGUAACUUUGUAAACAUUAUAAAGGCAGGACCACAAUCAGCUAUUAGAUUCUAUUCAUAUGGUGCAUUUAAAAGGAUGGCAUCAGAACCUGAUGGUUCAAUAAGUGUUAUCAAUAGGAUGUGGGCUGGUGCUUCAUCUGGUGUAGUUUCAGUUGCAUUAACUCAUCCAUUGGAUGUCAUUAAAACUCAUAUCACUGUUAUUGCACCCACUGCAGCGACAAUUAAGAAUGUUACAAAAGGAAUUUAUAGAGAUUUAGGUAUCAUUGGUUUCUUUAGAGGUUUAAGUGCAGGAAUUUUAAAUAUAGCACCAUUUGCAGCUUUAAACUUUACAUUUUAUGAAACUAUAAAAGAAAAAACUCAACAAUACAUUUUAAAAUCACCUCCAUUAUAUGCUCCUUCAAUUUAUGGUGCAAUAUCUGGUGGCUUAACUAUGACAAUUUUAUAUCCAUUAGAUGUUGUAAAAAGAAGAAUAAUGUUACAACAUUUUGAUAGAAAUCAAUUACCAAUAUAUAAAAAUUUUAUAGACGCAAUAAUUAAAAUUACAAAAACUGAAGGAAUUUCAGCAUUAUAUAAAGGUAUUAGACCAGCAUAUUUAAAAGUAAUUCCAACAGUUAGCAUAAACUUUUUAAUAUAUGAAGGUGCAAUAACUUUAUUUGAAAAAAAAUAA